UGCUCUUGGGGAGAAGGCAAAUGACCAGAAGGAGUUCCAGGAAGAAGCUAAAGAGGGGCUCGAGGUCAGCACAAGUUGGGCUGUGGAGUCAAUCCAGCUGGAGCCAAUCACAGGGAACUUUGGAGCUCCACAGUAGAGGGGGCAGUCAGGCCUCUUCUCUGCUUGUUCUAGGUCACAGGGAAGCCCUGCUUGGAGUGGAGAUGCCCAGCUCCAGGGUGCUGCAUGUCACUUGUAGUGGUGGUGAUGGCCAGGAUGGCAGGGUCUCCCCCAGCAGCUACUCCUCCAGCUCUCCAGACAAGAGACACCCACCCAUGCCACCCUGGAGGUUGCCCAGUAAUGACUGGCUGCAGAGGCUGUUUUUUCUGACUGGAGCUGGGUUUCCCUGGUCCUGGGAUGUCUCUGUGUCACUGCUGGGUGCCAUCAAGAUGGGCCGGCUCCCUCUCCUCAGCAGAGUGGGGGGUGUUCAGCCUCAGCUCCCUCAGGGUGGUCUGUUCCACAUGGUGAGGGCUGGCUCCCCACUUCUGCUGCAGCUGAGAGGUCAAGGUGGCAGCUGCAGACCAGUCCACAGCAGGCUCCACCAAGGAGCCUUGGGCACCCUCCAAUUUCCAGGGGGCCCUGUCUGCCUCGUUGACAAAGAGCCAGCCAUAGGCAGGGAAAUAAUCAAGGCUCAGCUUGUCCUGCAGGAAGGACAGCUGAGUCUGGGGGCUCUUCUCCAACCUGGCCUAGAGAUGUGGCCUCUCCAAAGCCUCUCCAGCUGUCUCCAGGCCUGGAGAACAUCACCAACCGUCAAUCUCCUGAUGCUGGCCUUCCCAAGACUUCCUAAGCCCACACUGGGCAGUGAAUGGAGUGCCUGUAAAGAAAUGUCAACAUUAAGUCAGCAAGGACUUCACACAAGGUGAGUUUUCACAAGGGAA